GGAAGAGCUGCACAGUUAUCAUUUUCCUGGCAGCCAUGCAAGAAGACACUCGUAUCGCUGCAAUCCCGAUGGAUGAUGACGACGACGAGUUAACUGAGUUCUACCCGCUAGACAGCUUGGACGAGGAGCCGCAGCCGCAGCGGCAUUCAGAGGAAACGCCCGUCAGCAGCCGCCCCACGGUAGAGACUGUAACUAACGGACCGUGGACGACGUCCCGCGACCACGUCGCGCUGCAGUUCUUCUGGCAGUGUUACGACGCCUACGUGACGUGCAAGGACAAAGAGAGUGUGGCUCCAUGCUUCUAUAAUGCACAGUGUGUCGGUCAAUCCGCCGACAACGAGUUCGUGCAGAUUGUGCCGGUGGAUGAGGUACGCGAACGCCACAUUCUGGACGAUAUGCGUGUCCAGCUCGUGUCUGUCAGCUCAGACCGUAUUUGUGAUCCAGAUCGCCGACCGGAAGCCGCUCACUUCAAGUUCAAAAUUCACAUUAACUAGCUGCUUCUGGCCUGACCGCGCCGUCGGAUUCACACAGACUUUCCCGCUUGGAGGCGGUCGAGAGGUGAAUAAGGCCAUUGGAUUCCUGACACUUGAGAAGAGAAAGAAUCAGGCCCCGCUAUUGUUUCCUAUCCGGUUCAGAGCAGUGUUACGCUCACAGCGAGACGAUCGAGGGUCUUUGGUGGCCAGAUUUCGACGGCCCACGCCGUUUGUGACUGCUACUGACAUGUUGUUUAUCGGCGAGGACGAUGCGGACAGAGUGAGCGACAUCCCAUUGGCACGCGUGGCGUCCCCGCCAUCCUCGGGCACUGGAGACCGCACGUCGGUCGGCGGUCGCCUGUCCGUGUCGGAGGAAGAGAUCUGGGAGAAUUGCACGUUCUGUAAUGUUUUAUUCCGUGCGCGUGGCGACCUCAUUGCCCAUAUUCGCGAUAGCCACGGCGAGAUCCUGCAUCGCGUGUCUGUCCCAGGAACUUUUUGCACGCGCUGCGGCACCCGGCGAGUCGAUGACCGGUGCACGCGCUGCAACCAGGACGCCUAGAAGGAAGAUAAGUGUUGAGAAACGGGAGGAUAUUUAAGCUGGAGUGCUAAGUUUUCGUGUCCUUCGUGACUUGCGAUCAUUCCUGUGGAUGUAUAUUGUAUUUGGCCGAUAUUAAUAAUGAAAAGUUUUUUAUUCCGGUUUCG